UCGCUCUUUUAUUACGUCAGAAACGACGCGACGGGCACGCGUGUGGGCUGGAUGCUACAUGCAACGAGCCUCAAAAUAUUAGACGCUUUUUAGUUUGAGGACGUUUUACAGCUAUGGAGGACUUACCUGCGGACGUGAAGGCUUUCCUGCUCAACCACCCUUUUUUCGAGUUGACUGACAGCCAAAAGAUAAAGUGCACACUGAACGACCAUGAGUUUCCAUGCAAGCUGGAGGAGCUGCAGAUGUUCACCAAAGGGAAAAAGUAUCAGAAGCUGAGCUCCCAAGCACAAUUUAACUACAGCCAGUAUGAACCCCACAUAGUGUCAAGCUCAAAACAACCCAAUCAGCUCUUCUGUAAGUUGACCCUCAGACACCUGAACAGACAACCACACCAUGUCUUAAAACACGUCAACGGCACGCGCUUCAAGAAGGCUCUCUCCAAAUAUGAGGAAUGCGUGAAGCAGGGCAUCGAGUUCGUACCAAUCAGACUCCAGCAGAAAAGGCCAAAGGAGACGAGCACAGAUGUCCACCAGGGCAGGGACUCCAAACAUGGCACCGGCACAUUGGAACCAUCCUCCAGCGAUGAUGAAAACCACGGCGACUCGGAUGACGAUAUGAGCGACCUCUACCCCUCGUCAAUGCUCACUUUGAAGAACUCGGCCGAGGAGACCAUGGAGGCGCAUCAGUCUGAGGAUGAGGAUGACUUCCAAACGGAUGAGGAGGACGAGAUGGAGGUGGACACGCUAGCCAUGCAGAAACGUAAAAAGGUCCAAGGUGGUGGCGGCUCUCAGAAGAAAUUCAAAAACAACCGGAAAGGCCGUAAUAAAAAAUGUGUGAAAGUAAAUAAUGGAAAAUAAAUUAUAGAAACAUACUUGUCUUUAGAGUGAGUGCAAUUGAAAAAAAAUAGACUUCCAGGCUAGUUUUACAAAAAGGAACACUUAUCAACAUCAAUAAACUGUGUUUCCAGGGCAUUUUUUAAUGGGAUUCACUGAUUUUGUUUGUAAUAAAGAAUUUUUAAAAC